AAGAAGAAGAAGAACCAGAAGAAUCAGAAGAACCAGAAGAAUCAGCAGCAGCGUCAGAAAGUCACCAGAGUUUCACGUCAACAUCUUUAAAGUGUUCAGAUAGCUGUUGUUGUGAAGGUGUGGACUCUGCUAUGAAUCAGGCUCAGGACCGCGGCGUCCCUCCCUCUGAAGCCCCUUUGUGUGGGGAAAAUGACGGCCAGACCAAAGCUCAGAGGAUCCAUCAGAGACCAGAACCUGAUCCUCAACCUGGACCUGAACCCAGUGUUUCCAUGAAGAGAAGCCAGUCUAUGGAGAAUUUAAGAAACUUCAGCGAUGGCCGUAACUUUAGUGUUUCUUGCAGUUCACAUCAGCAGAGAGAACACUGGAAAAAGUCCAGCUGCACUACUGUGAGUAUUAUAAACGUUUUCAUUACCUUCCUUGCGGAAUACGAGAGGAGUCCAACUUGUUCCACAUAAAUAAGGUAAUGCACAAUUACCGUCAUUGUGAAUAACAUUAGUUUGCCUGAAUUGGGAGGACUGGUCCGGACUACGUUUCCUGGCCUUGCGUGACGUCAACUAGACGCGACGGUUUCUGCUAGUGAACACGUGACAUUUUUCUUCUCGGGUUUGUGAUUCCUCUCAACCGGCCCAGCCCCCUUUUAGCUUCACUUAGAUGCAGGACGACGCAGAAUGGAAAACACCCGCUUCUACUUUUUGACAGCUUUCCUUUUUUACACCUGCUUGGCUUCAACGCCGAAUUUUAUCCUCCUCUUCGCUGAUGAUUUGGGUUUCGGGGACUUGGGCUGCUACGGACACCCCAGUUCACUCACUCCCAACCUGGACCGCCUGGCAGCGGGAGGACUCCGCUUUACAGAGUUCUACUGCACCAGCCCCGUCUGCAGCCCGUCCAGGGCAUCCUUGUUGACGGGCCGCUAUCAGACCCGCUCGGGGAUCUACCCGGGAGUGUUGUACCCGGGCUCCAGGGGGGGCCUUCCUCUAAAUGAGACCACCAUUGCAGAAGUGUUGAAACCUUUGGGCUACGCUACUGCUGCGAUGGGGAAGUGGCACUUGGGAGUCGGGGCCAACGGGAAGUUUCUUCCGACCAAACAGGGGUUUGAUCAGUACCUGGGGAUCCCCUACUCCCAUGACAUGGGCCCCUGUCAGAACCUCACUUGUUUCCCUCCAGAUGUCAAGUGUUUUGGAUUGUGUGAUGUGGGAACUGUAACAGUCCCACUUAUGCACAAUGAGGUCAUCAAGCAGCAGCCAGUCGACUUCAUCAAUCUGGAAAGAGCUUACAGCGACUUUGCAACCAGUUUCAUCGCUGCGUCCGCCAAGAAAAAACAACCUUUCUUCCUCUACUAUCCUUCCCAUCACACCCACUACCCCCAGUACGCAGGUCCAGAGGCGGCUGGGCGUUCUUUGAGGGGCCCGUUUGGAGACGCUCUCUUGGAAUUUGACAACACAAUAGGAAACCUCAUGACAACCCUGGAGAAGACAGGAGUGAUCAACAACACACUGGUCUUCUUCACUUCAGACAAUGGGCCUGAACUGAUGCGCAUGUCCCGCGGAGGAAACUCCGGGCCUCUAAAAUGUGGAAAGGGCACCACGUAUGAGGGGGGCAUGAGAGAGCCAGCCGUCGCCUACUGGCCAGGGACCAUCAUGCCAGGUGUGACUCAUCAGAUGGCCAGCACUCUAGAUGUCCUCCCAACCAUUGCAAGUCUGGCAGUAGCCAAACUUCCCCAAGUGAUGCUGGAUGGCGUCGACAUGACAGAAAUUCUUGUCAACCAAGGAAAGAGUAAAAGGGAGGUGAUGAUGUUCUACCCGACGGAUCCCAGCAAAGAGUUUGGCCUGUUUGCUCUCAGGCUGGGGAAGUACAAGGCCCACUUCUAUACACGAGGUGCCACCCACAGUGAUACUACUCCAGACCAAGACUGCUCCGUAUUCACAGCCCUCAAGGCCCACAACCCCCCUCUUAUAUUUGACCUGGAGGCUGACCCCUCAGAGCGCUACCCUCUCCCCCUGAUGGGAAAUCCUGACCUGCAAGCCGUGCUGGAGAGGAUCAUGGAAGUGAAGGGGCAGUUUGAAGCCUCCAUGGAGUUUGGAGAAAGCCAGAUAUCCAAAGGAUCGGACCCAAACCUGGAACCUUGCUGCAAUCCUCAGUGUAGCCCCAAGCCCAGCUGCUGCAAGUGUUGAUGGGACAACACGCAGCGGCUGAAGGUGUGGGACGCGCUACAGGUGCUGCACUGAUUAUUGCUUGAAGACUGUUCUGUGACGGCUGAUUUUUAACUUUGCAAACAGUUUCCUUAGUGAAGAGAGGAUUUCUUUAAUAUUUAUAUGGACCAGAUUGGGAAAUGUUAAGUAUAAUAUUAUUCCCAUACUAUUUUUUAUUAUUUACACCUUUUCACCUCCACAUUCUCUGUACAUAAACUAAUAAAGAGCGGAUCCAAACAAUAAAGACAACAAAAAAGGUCGGA